CCCGAGGGCGGGGGCAGCGGGGGCAGCGAGAGGGCGGGCCCCACCGCGUCCCUCCACCGCAGCGCCGCGAGGCUCGCCGAGGGGCUGCGCGAAUACACCAAGAGUGGCCAUGCAUCUGCAUCUAAGGACUUUGUGCCUGAUGCCUUCGAGGUCCAAGUUCCUUGAAAAGCCUUCUUGGUCAGCUGAGGGAACAGUGGCAUUGGGAAAAGCACUGCUAUUGACAGAGCCAAGCGAGGUGGCACAAUUCACCUGGUUUGUCGAGAUCAAGACCCAGCUCGAAGUUCCAAAGGUGAGAUCAUCAGGGGGAGCGCUAAGCAGAACAUCUUUCUGCAUGUGGAUUUGUCUGAUCCCAAGAAUAUCUGGGAAUUUAUUGAAAAUUUCAAGCAGGAAAAUCAACUCAGUAUUCUGAUCAAUAAUGCAGGAUGUGUGGUCAAUAAGACAGAGCUCACUGAAGACGGACUUGAAAAACACUUUGCUACCUCCACCCUCGGUGUGUAUAUUCUCACGACGGCCCUGAUCCCUGCGUUGCAGGAAGAACUAGACCCCAGAGCAGUACCAGUCUCCUCGGGAGGAAUGUUGGUUCCGAAAUUGAACACCCAUGAUCUACAAUCAGAAAGGACAGCACUUAGUGGAACGAGGGUCCAUGCACAGAACAAGGAAAAGGCGUGUGUUGGUGCUGUGGAGCAUCCCACGGAGACCUGGCUUGGAGACUUGGCACAGAUUCGCCCUCCGAUGCACAGAUCUGAGGAAGCUUUGCAUAUCCUGUUCUAAAUGCAAAGGGGAUGUUCUCAGGGAAGCACACACACCAGGAGAGACUCAGGCCAGGCGUGCUGGGGGACUGGCUUCUCAGUUCUUUCCCCUUCCUAAGGGAGACAUGCGUGGCUCUGCCUGCCCGUGAGCGCCAUCAGGCCACGGAGAGCCCCCAGCCGCUUUAUUCCUCCCAGGUACGUCAUCCUGACAACUCCAACGUCAACCUGUGUGCUUAUAAAAUCUGUGCUUGCAAGCCCACCACCUGGAUCUGCAGUUUGCCAUCUGUCGCCCACAGGUCACAGAGCACCAACGGGGCCUCUUGGGUGUGGGCAGCCCGUCCGUCCGUGGACUUGGGAGGCCUGACGGGGGUUGGGCAGGGGCCUGAGCACAUGGAUCUUGUCCUCCACGAGUGGGACACACAAGGCUUCAAACGCCAUUUUUUGGUUCAUCAGUAUUUCCUCCGUCUUCCAUAAUAAACAAGUAC